AUGAACUUGCCAUCCAGGUCGACCUUGUCUCGCGCUUCAACUAUCACACUUGUCACAUUCCUGGCGCUAGGAUCGGUGAUAUGGGCAUUCAGCAACAUCCUCGGCCCCAUCCUAGUCUGGCUGGUCCCAACAUGGCGACCGACGUUCUACGACCUAGGCAUCUACGGCCCCUACGCCGUCACCAAGUACAUAUCCACCAACAUCGAAGCACCAGCGCUGAGUAUCCCAUUCUGGAAUGAUGUAUGCGACGAUGGCCGCCAUAUCCUCUUCACCCCCAAAGGCAGCUACGUCGCCCAAAGCGGACCGACAAUCAUGACACCCCGAGGCGAAUUGAUCUGGAUGUCUAGCGAAUACCGCAACGCCAUGAACCUCAACAUCCAAACCUACAAAGGCGACCGCUACCUCACCUUCUGGACUGGCGACAAAGCCGCCACGUCCGGCCAGGGCGUCUACCUAAUGCUCGACUCAUCCUACACCUUGCAACACACGAUACAGCCCCAUGGCGCCACCCUCCACGCAGACCUACACGAGUUCCAGAUAACCUCCGCAGACACCGCCCUUCUCACCAUAUACGACCAAACAACCAUCACCGACGGUAGCAUGACCUUCCUCAACCGUCCUGUCACCACAGGCUACCUCACCGAGUCCGCCUUCCAAGAAAUCAACAUCACCACAGGAGACCUCCUCUUCGAGUGGCGCGCCAGCGAGCAUUUCUCCCUUAACGACAGCUACUACUGGGCACCCCUCGACGGGCUGCGCCCGUCGCGCCCACUGGACUGGUUCCACAUCAACUCCUUGAAGAAGGAUUCCGACGGGAACUACCUUGUCUCGAGCCGACAUCUGCACAUGGUCUGCUGUGUGUCAGGCAAGAACGGUAAAGUGCUCUGGACUCUGGGUGGGAAGAAGAACGAUUUCCGAGACCUGUCAGACGGCCGAGCAACGAAUUUUCAAUGGCAGCACGACGCGCGCUGGGUCGAUGAAGCUUCGGGAACACUGACGAUCUACGAUAACGGCGACGCCGGACCCGUGCAGACCCAUUCAGGACACAGUCGGGGCAUCAUGCUGCAACUCGACGUGAAGGCCAAAACCGUCAAGCUAUUGCACGAAUAUGUCUCAAUGGCAGCGACGAGCUCCGCCUCCCAGGGUUCGGUACAGGUUCUGCCCGACCAACACGGCGAGGUGGGCAAAGGAGACGUCUUUGUAGGAUGGGGACACUCCGCUAUGUUCAGCGAGUUCACGAACGACGGCGCGCUGCUGUGCGAAUGGCAUUUUGGACCAAGCUGGCUGGAUUUUCCGGACUUUGUUGCGUCGUAUCGCGCGCUCAAGAUGGAGCCUUGGGUGGGCAGGCCAAGGACGAAGCCGCUUGCGAAGGUUGCUAGAGGUAGUCGAAACCUGUAUGUCAGCUGGAACGGUGCAACGGAGGUAAAGACCUGGAGUCUGCAGGCAACGAGGUAUUAUGGGGGCCAGAGCGGCAGGGGAGAUGAGGGCGAGUACGAGGAGAUAGACGUUAUGCAAAAGCAGGGAUUCGAGGAUAUUUUUGUGCUGCCGCACGAUUUUGCGGACUAUGCGAGUAUUCGGGUUGUGGCUCUUGAUGUUGAGGGGCAGCUUUUGGCGUUUUCGGAUACAGUCCGUGAGACGGAGGCAGGGAAUGGCUGGCUUUUUGGGGGAAGCUUGCUGUUCACGGUAGUCCUGAUUUUGGGAUUCGUGUUGGGGAGCUGGAUCUUCUACGUGAAGGUUGUUCGGAAGGAGGAGCUGAGG